AUGGACAGUCAAUCAGCUGUUCCUCGCCCUGCGGAAUCCACUGCUCUACGAAAGCUUCCCCCGCUGGGAGAUAUUAGGAGGGCCACAUCAAAUCCGUUCGUGGAUCACCAUGAUCCUUUUCAAGAUAGCUCAAACACCUCGGACUUUUCCUCCUUCAUGAGCAGACGUCGCUCAGCGAGUGGCAAGUCUACCCGCAGCAGUCGAAGUGUACUCCUCGAUGACAUCAAACACGAGAUCAUGGUCAAUCACAUUUAUCAGCAACAGUGUUCACAUCUUUGGGUGAGCGAUAGCAGUGGAGAGUGUGAGGGUGUGCUAUUGCGGAAAUCCCGAGGUCAAUACCUAGCAUGUCCACCCCCCCUUUUGCAUUCGACUCUAGCUCGAACGUGUACCCAACUAAAUGUUCCAGUCGUCGUCACGGUGAAUUCAAGAGUUAUCAAGACCUUCCUUGCUUGGGCCCCAGAAGCAAGGGAUGUCCCUUUAAUGAAUGGACUUCGAGUCCAGAUUCUCUCCAACAUAAAUGAUCUUUCUCAAGCACGGAAAUACCAAUUUGCUGCUUUCAUCACUUCGGAAUCUCUACUGGUUGUGUGGGACGAUGAUCCAAGUAACGUGAUCGAAAGAGCAGCGAAGAUUGAAGCAGAGCUCAUGCAACUUGUUUGGCAAACAGAGAAAAUCAACAACGAUGACGAUACUCCCAUGGAGAAAGUCGGUCAGUCCGAAGAUGGUGUUGAUAAGGGAUCAUUGGAGACCAUGAUCGAGCACCGAUCUACAAAUCUUAUGAAUACGAAUCUUGUCGCUUGCACUUUGGUGAUCGUCGUGGUCCUGCUCGGAUUGGCUUGCCGGAGUUUGGCAACAGAAAUUGCUGUUGACGGGGCAUAUGCUCGUCUGGCAUUCUUGUCUCUCGUGCCAGUGCAAAUCUUCUUCACCUUGUUUUUUGCACAAGUCAUCGUUGGCUGUAUCGCUCAAUGUGUUGGGCCAGUUCGUCAGAUGCAGCUCAACUCAAAAUACUACUCAGCAAAAUGCUCGCCACGCCUCAACUCAGAUUUACCGCAUGUCACAAUCCAAUGCCCUGUCUACAAGGAAGGCUUGUCUUCUGUCAUCGCACCUACUGUGACCUCGAUCAAACAAGCAAUUUCAACAUAUGAGCUUCAAGGCGGUUCAGCAAACAUGUUUGUUAAUGAUGAUGGACUUCAGAUCAUUGGGGAAGAAGAACGUAAAGCUCGCAUUGAGUUCUAUCAAGAUCAUAACAUUGGCUGGACCGCAAGACCCAAGCAUGGAAGCGACGGUUUCGUACGUCGAGGAAAGUUCAAGAAGGCAUCCAAUAUGAACUAUGGACUUAUGCUUUCUUGUCAGGUCGAAGAGAAACUUCGGGCCUACCAAAGAGCGCCUUCUUGGUCCGAAGUUGACGAGUCAGCUUCGUACGAAGCCUCCUUAAAGGAGGUCUUGGCAGAAAAUCCACGAGCUUGGGCAGAUGGGAACAUACGUGUUGGAGAUUACAUCUUACUGAUUGACAGUGAUACACGAGUUCCCAUUGAUUGUCUUCUUGAUGCUGUCAGCGAGAUGGAGGUGUCGCCCGAUGUGGGAAUCAUGCAAUUCGCAUCAGGAGUGAUGCAGGUGGUCCACACCUUCUUUGAGAAUGGUAUCACUUUCUUCACCAACCUCAUCUACACUGCAAUCGAAUAUACUGUGGCCAACGGAGAUGUUGCUCCGUUUGUUGGUCACAAUGCCAUUCUCCGGUGGAGUGCCAUUCAGCAAGUCUCCUACACCGAUGAGGAUGGCUACGAGAAGUUCUGGUCCGAGUCUCAUGUCAGUGAGGACUUUGAUAUGUCUCUAAGAUUGCAGUGCGAUGGCUAUAUCAUCAGACUAGCCUCUUGGGCUCAUGGUGAAUUCAAAGAAGGUGUCAGCCUCACAGUCUACGACGAACUCGCACGCUGGGAAAAAUAUGCCUACGGCUGCAAUGAGCUUCUUUUCCACCCAAUGCGCAAAUGGAUCUACAGGGGUCCUUUCACUCCACUCUUUCGUCGAUUUCUUUUCUCAAACAUCCGUUUCACGUCCAAAAUCACCAUUAUCAGCUAUAUAGGCACCUACUAUGCUAUCGGUGCAGCAUGGAUCAUGACACUGGCAAACUACUUCGCCAUCGGGUGGUUCAACGGAUACUUGGAUAAAUACUACAUCGACAGCUGGAAAGUGUGGUUCAGCAUCGUCAUAGUCUUCAACGGCCUCGGCAACAUCGCCCUGGCGCUAAUGCGUUACCGCAUCGGCCAGAAAUCCUUCUUCGCGGCCCUCAUUGAGAACCUCAAAUGGAUCUUCCUACUCUCCAUCUUCCUGGGUGGCUUGUCUCUGCACGUCUCCCAAGCUCUUCUCGCGCACAUGUUCGAAGUCGACAUGACAUGGGGCGCCACGAGCAAGGAGGCUGAGUUCAGCAAUUUCUUCAUCGAGGUGCCGAAAGUCAUUCGCAAGUUCAAGUUCAGUAUCGCGUUUGCGCUGAUUGGCACUGUUGCGAUGGUCGUGCUGGCGACUAACCCUGGUGGGCUUGUGCCUGACGAUUGGUUGAUUAAGGACUUCAUCGCCAUCUUGCCGAUGAGUACGGUCACCACGAGCCAUUUGCUAUUGCCGAUUGCGCUGAACCCGGCUCUGAUGACUUUCUCUUGGUGA